CUCCAUUGCGACACGGAAAGCGAACUUCGUGUGGGCGGAGACUUAUCCCCUGAGUUGAUAUUCUGCGUUCUGUGAUUGGCUGAUUGCUCUUCACCGCGACGAUACUUUACUGCAAUCACACUUCCCGAAACAGCUGGAAAGUGAAAAGUGAAAGUACAUGCAUGCGACACUUUCUGAAGUGAGCUUUGGUCGUCUGCUCCUGAAGAAGUACAGUCGUGUAGACCUAUGCAUAGCUAUCUGUGCUGGAUUACUAACUGCGUACGGCAUUAAACUUGGAUUACCGCAAUAGCAGAUAGGUGACGAGAUUCUUGUAAAAUCUCAUUUUAGUCUGACUGCAGUAUCGACGCACGUCUGAGAAGACCGACACAUGUUGUAGGCAACAGCACGACAGCCAACAUACCUCUAUGACAAGGAGAUGAUAAUUUGAAGCACUGCCUGAUAUUUUGUUGGGAUUAUUGUCUUCCCCUCCAUGUAAACUCUCGAUGAGUGUUCAUAGCUGGACAAUGAUGAAGAUGCGACUCGGACAUAUCUUGAAAGGGGUAACUGUACGCCUACUGCUCAGCGCCCACGCGGCGUUGUGUGUGUGGCGAGUGGUUGCAGCAACAGGCGACUGGCGGUAUUGGGGAUUGUUGCUGGCUCAGUUACUUGUGUUGCUUGAAGCUUUCAUCACACUGAGCAUGAAACGAGGAACGGAAUGGAAAUGGUUCUGUCCUAGCGUUCUCAUCUACCUCAUUUCAGUUAUCCCCUGCAUGUGGUUCCUGGAACUCCAUAGACUAGAUAUAGACCUGGACUUCUGGGCCCUCCUUGACCCAUCACCACACUGCAAUCACCCAGAUCUCGUACAAGGACUCAUGCAGAAUGCAACCAACGAAUCGGAAGCAAUGAUGCUGAUUGACAUUGAGCCAGCAUCGCUCCUCUCCAUGACGACCUCAUCAUGGCUUCUGAUCAUCCACCAAUCUCUCCUACUUCUGCUGGUCCUGGAGCGGUUCCUGCUCCCAAAGAUCGGUUCCUCAGAGGUUUCGAGAGAACACCUGACCUUGAUGAUGCUGGUCUAUAUUGCUUCUGCUGCUGAUAUCCUCGAGUUCGUCUCAGAGGGUAUGCGUGUUGAGGUCUUGACCUGCGAUAGGGUCCUGCUUCUGGCCGUCAUGGUCAUCUGGUCUUGGAGUCUCCUGCAGUACACCCUAGGACCAUGCAGCACAACUAUCUGGAGCUCAUCAGAAGACCUUAGCUGGGAUGGCACCACCAGCUCGAGUCUCUUGUCAGUAUGUCCUUGGGAGAUCAAAGACAUUGUGGUGGCCAUCUUCUUGCAGGAUGGGCCAUUCCUUGUCAUGCGGAUCUACUUUUUAAUCCGGUUCAACGAAUUUGAUGAAACAACUUUCUUCUUCGCGGGUAAAAACGUCUUUAUUCUUGUUCUCCAGAUCUACCAUUUAUGUGCAAUCUUUUCAGAACAUCGGAGACAAAAUUUGCCCGGGACAAGGCGCGUUGUGUGUACAUGGCCAAAGAGUGCUAGUGGAUAUUUUGGAGGAAAAACCCAGGACUUGGCUCUAUCGCGCGCCUCGCUCACCUGGUGGCCACAAAACUCUCUUCCGUCACCUUCUCGACUGAGUGCAUACCAUAGAAACGAAGCAUUCCCCGAUGUCGAGCGUGUUCUAGGUUCUGGAACCCUGGAAAGACAUACAAAUACGGCUGAAAGGCGACUGCGGUCACCUGCACCCCCUGACCGCUGCUCAACCGCACCUCUACCAAGGAGCCCUCGUAGGAAAGCACCGCUGACCACCUCAACAUCACUGAACACCACCACAAAGAACACUUCAGCAUCAGCAGAGCAACACAUGUUGCCAUUGAACAGUGGUGCCGUUUCAAGACCUCAUAGUAAUGUCUUUCGAUAUAGUUUUAACGGAGGACAUAGUAGAGCAGAUUCCUCUUCCGGGGCUUCACUCCCGAGAUUCCAGUAUGACAAUGGUGCCUUUCUGUUUUGAAACGACUCUGUAAAUCGGAAGCAAAACGCCACUAAUUCAGAAAUGUUGCCAAUUAAAAAAAAACAUGUAGUGGUUAAUUAUGGAGGUAACUGACAUUAUGGACUCGAUGGAGAAAAAUUUGCAGUAUCGUGAGAUUUAAAUAAGUUUUACAGAGACAUUUGCCUUGUUGUAAAGAAAAUAUACAGAACAAAGAUGGCUGUUACAAUUUCUUUGGUUUAUUCUAAAACCAAAAAACAACAAAAAAUAUUUUUAAAAGAUGCAAUAAAGGUGAAAUAGAAGAUAUCGAUGAUGGGUUCUUUUUUCUGGGGGCUAUACAAUUGAUUUAAUGACAAGGGGAUAAUUAAAGUGUAAAUAUAUAAGUUUAUAAGAGAAUGCAGAUAACUUGAUCAAAAAGAAACAAAAAUUGUAAAAUAAAUAGAUCAAUCACUUAAGUUUUUUAAUCUCUAAAAUAUAUACAUUUUCUUGAAAUGAUUCAGUCGAUUUAAAAAAAAGAUUAAGAAAAUGUACAACUACAUAGUCAUCAACGUAUCUUACUGCAAUUGUAGACAGUGCAUGCUCUGAAAUCAACUAGAUCAUGUUCAUAUGAGGUCAUUCGUAUAAUAGUGAAUGAUUACUCUGCAUGGAAUUUUAUCACAUGUAUUGGGUGCAGGUACACUCCAAAUAAUAUUCUAUUAGAUCAUUUCACUACCCACUACACAAGAUUGAAAACAAGUGUUUUUUUUUUUUGGGGGGGGUGUCUCCUUAUAAUCCUGUUUAAUUAAAUUAUUUUACAAUGGAUUAUACUGCUAUGUGAUACUGAGAUAAUGGGCAGUGUGUAAGAAAAGCUACUUGUAUAGUAGAAGACAAUGCUUUAUUAAUAACAUAUUGAGGCAUUGAUAAUAGCAUUAGUAAAUGCUUUUGUGUUGAAUGUAGCAGUUUAAAGAUGAGAUAUCAACAGUAUUAGAGUGGACUUUGGUGAAGAGAAUAUUAAGUUUAUGUACAAAAUCUAGAAGAUAUGAAUGCUCUAUGGUAUAGCCAUUUUUCAUGUUUUUUCUGACUUUGAUGUAAUUAUCACUUGGGGAUGUAGAUAUAGUGAGGGAAGAUGGUGGGGGGGGGGGGGGGUAGAGAGAGGAGAAAGGGGGCAGACAGGAAGAUACACAUGCAAUCUCAAUACUAUGGGAUGAUUGUUAUAAAGUAUUGGAAUAUAAUAGUCAAUAACUGGUGUCUGGUGAUAAUUUUAAUUUAAUGUUAAAAGAUAUAUAUUUGUGCAAUAGACUUUAUUUCUCCAUUCACAUCGUUCAUAUAUUAUGUUAGUAUCAUGAUAUAUAUUGUACUUCAUAAAUACAUGUAUUUCUAAUGCAGGUUUAUUAAUGUAUCUAUUUGUUUUGUACAGAUUGCCAAAAAUUAGAUAUUGUAUCAUGUAAUACUAUAUGUAAAGUGUAAGAUUUUGUACAAGUUUGUAAAUAAAGAUUGUAUUUGUAUUUGAUUAAAACAUUAGUUUCAUUCUCUUCAUUUUGCUGUCCUAUGUUUGACAUAUACAUGUAUGUGUGAUUGAAAAUGAAAAUUGUGCAAAGUAAUGUAGUCUCAUUGUAGGUUGGCAAGUUAAAGUAUUCAAUACACUAUAAAAUAUAUCCUAUGAUUACAUUCAUCUACGAGUAAUAAUACAAAAUGAAUCUCAUGACAUUCAAAAUAUAAUUUAUUUGGCUGAAAUUGUUUAUUUCUGGUGAAAUUGUGGCACACACAAGUUAAUUUGGCAGCAAAUAAUUUUACAAGAAGAUCUUCAUGAUUAGUUACACCAGCACCGAUGAGGGGAAAAAUUAUUAGACAAAACAAUUGACUUCAGAUACAUUGGUGUUCAUGAGAUAUGAGCAACAUGCACCCUUACAUUAAACCAUGACAAAUGGCAAUAUUAUCAAUCAUAUUGUUAUACACAUACAACAUUACUCUUAGUUUAUACAUUAAACUUGAUGACACUUUACUGUUUAAUUGACUUUGAUAAAAAUAAGCAUUAGUUAAUCAGGUGGUAAAAUGAGAGAAAGUCUCCCACCUGCCUAAAAAAAAAAACCCUCAAAAAAUGAAAAUAAAACUAACACUAGAGCUCUGCAACAUAAAUGUUUGCAAUCAAUAGCUAAAUGGUAAUGACCAAUCAAAAUCAUUAUCCAAUGACCAAUCAAAAUCAUUAUUGCAUUUGUAUUUUGUUCAUAACAUUGAGCUAGAACCAAUAAGAGUGAUGCUUCCAUAUCUGCAAUCCUCCACAAACCUUUGUGUUAAUGGGUCCAUGUGCAAAGUACGUCUCCUAAUUUUUGUUUUCUUACUUUCAGAUUUUAAGAAUAUUACUUAAAUCUGUCAAAACUAAACAGUCCUCAUGGUUUAAUUCAUGCAUUAAACAAAGUGACUAAAAUAUAAAGAGACAUAAAAUCAAAGAGAAUGAGUUUAUAUAAUUCAAGUUAGUUAUAACUCUGCUUUGUAAUGGGUUGGAGUAAAUCAACAUAUAAUAGGUCAAUAAUUCUAUAAUUUCUCAAUUGUCAUUUUUAGAUUAUCCAAUAUUCAUUUUAAACUAUGGUUUAUCAAUCCCCUCAUUUGUCCCAGUAUGCAUACACGCAUGGAAUCAAAUCUAGCUAUUUAUUCCCUUCCAUUCCUCAUAUAAGCAAAGCAAUGCAAAGUUUCAUGGAUCUAUUUAAACUUAAAUCUAAAUCAAAUUGAUAAACUUACAAUAAUACAAGUACAUAUAUAAUUGAUUGUGCAAUUGAAUUUUUCUUUUAUGUUAAAUGACAAGGGUAUCACCUCAAAAUAAAUUGAUCUACUAAAAGGUGACAAUGAAAUAUCGAAAAGAUUAAAUAAAGCCCUCAUCAACAACUCCCAAAUCCUGUUGGGAUAACACA